AUGUGGUACUGUUUUCCUUUUACGAACCUGGUACAAUGUGCUAUUAUAGGUGUGAUAUUUAAUGCGGCGAAGUUGCAGUUCAACCAAUUUAGUCAUGCUACAUCACUUCAGCAAGGCAAUACUUAUUUGGAUUCUUCUUCUUAUUCGAUUAAUCUGCCACAAUUAAGUCAAGAACAACACUAUGUUUCUGCAGGCGAAACUUCUAUUAGUGAAAAUGUUGUUAACGUUCAUAAUCACGUUCUAGAUAAUACAAAUUCAACAACAAAGUUAUUUAGGAUUAAAUAA